UGUGCAGCGCAGUAGCCUCCCCUUACCGACACGCCCCACAGAGCACAAGUGUGCACAAGGUUCUCUCUGUCUUUCUGUUCGCUGUGCUGCAGACGGCUGUUGUCUGGCUAAUCAUUUUUCUCAGACGUUUAACAUGGGUGUGACUAGGUUUGUGUUCGUGGGACUUGUGUUUCUUCUCUUUCACAAAGUUACAGGACAAAACUGCACAACUCUUUUUAAAGCAUGCAAAGCGACUAUAGAGCCUGACCAAGAAAAAAGCACAAGUUCACAAGAAUCGGAGAUCAACCCGUGCACUACAGCUACUUCCCGGGAAAAAUUGUGCACUUCGUACCAAAGCUUUUGGAUCUGUGUGAACAACACCAUGGCCAACUGUCGCAACGAUCAAGCUAUCCAGAGAGAGAUAGACAGUCUUCAAUGGGCCUACAAUGGCUACUGUAGACAAGAAGCGAUCUGUGGAGAUAGGAUCGGAAAAUGCUACUGUGAUGCAGAUUUAGUCUCCGAUGUCAACAAUAUCACCAAAAUGUGCAAUAAUUACCAACAUUUCACACAAUGCAUCGGGAAGCUAAAAGACUGCGAUGCUGGUGAAAUAAGGCAGCAAGCUGCGCUAUUUAUAGCCAUGAUUGAAGCAAUUUGCAAAACAGCGUGUCCGGAGGCCUUUCAAUGCUUUAUGGGGAGUGAAGGACAGACAAAGUCCCUUUUGGGCCCUUCUGAUGUCACAGGAAAUAUUUGCAGAGAUCUGAUUCCACGGUUCCAGUGUCUGACUAACAAUACCAGGACAUGCAGUGCCAGUGUCAGUGACAAGUGGCAGAGAGUUGUGACAAGUUACAAGGAAGUCUGCUCAGAAUUCGAUGAGUAUAUGACGGAUCCUUCACCCUGUGAAAACAUACAAAGGUGUGUGGACAAAGCAGAAGUAGUGCCAGGGGUCACGCUGGGUGACUGGAGGAGUAAUGAGACUGUGUUUCUCACCCACACUAAGGAAGUCACCACCGGCAUGUUAAAUCCGGGCAUAUGGUGCUCGAUUCUCACACAUGCAGUAGACUGUGUGGACCAGCUGGCAGACGUCUGCAAUGUGACGAUGAAGGAAAAGGAAAUGGUAGCGUCGAUGAAAAUCAGCGUUGGCAACACCUGCAAAGAUACUCAUGUAUCAAACGAAAGUGGAAUAUCCAAGAGCGGAUUUGAACGCCUGUCUUCUUCCGGUGUGUUGAGUUUUCUGGUGUCAGCCGCUGCUCUCCUGAAAGUCUGAGACGAAAUUUCUGCACAAAACACGUAUAUGACUAAUAAUCGAGUGGAUCAGCUUCCAUGUUUGCUCAUUCAGCCAAUAAAAAAGACCAGAUAAAUUUUUAAAAAAUCAAGCUUCUAGCAACUGCGAUGGUCAGGAAAUAUUUCAACAUAUUUCGAAUAUUUCUUAAAUGGACUAAUUAUUUUUUAUUAAAGUUGCUUAAACCAUCAUAAACAUUCUUUUUCUUAUUAUACCCCCGUAUUGAAAUUAAUAUUAAAUGUGUUACUGAUAACAAACUAUGUCAAUAUUCACUAGUUAAAAUAGAUACAUGUGAAUAAUAUGUAUUCUAUAAUAAAACUUGUAACUAUUACUGUAUACCAUAGGAUUGAACCUUAUAAUAAACUAUUUAAUAAACACUAAACAGAAAACAC